CGUUAAAGAAUUCUUGCGAAGUUGGGGGAUCUUCUAAAAUACCUCCUGAUCAGCUUUUGGUUCUGUAGUGACAGCUGGUGAGGAGUGGGACCCCUGUCGUGCACCAACACCACGAUGGAUGACUAUCCGAUGUAUGGGGUACUCGUUGGGUUCUCCCUCUGGGGGACCCUCUGGUAUCUCCUCUUUCCUCUGGGCUUUUGGYCCACUUUCACGUGUAGAGUAGGGCCCACUCGCGGUGGGACGUCCACCACCCCCUACACGAAGGAGGAGGAGGAGAAGAUGGCCGCCCUUCUACAGGAGAAAAAGGAGAAGAAGGAGGCCAAGAAGAAGGCCUUGAAGGAGGAGCAGGCGGCCAAACUGAAGAAGAUAGAGGACGAGAUGGCCAAAGAAAAAGAGAGGUUGAAAAAGGAAGAAGAAGCGAAGCUGGAGGAGGUGGAUGAAGAAGAGGAAGGACCGCCACUGCAAAGGAGUAGUGGGCAACCCAGUAGUAAUACCGGUGGAGACCUGGAGAAGAGGAUAUCAGAAUGGGUUGCCAACCUGACUGUGGGAGAAGAGGAAGAGGUUAGUAUGUACAUCCCGCAGGAUCAGCAAGAAGUUGCCAUGAAGGCUUGGGAGGCAGAGAAAAACCCUCUUAAACGUCAAGCGUUGGAAGACGAGAAGAGGAUGGAAUGGAAAUUAGCGGUGAUGAGGGAGAAGAAGAGGAGAAUUGACAGGGCAGCGGAGGCGGCAGAGGCCUUAGAGGAAGUGAAGAACAUAGAGGCGCAAUUAGCCGCCCAACCCGAUCUCCCGAAUCAGAUGUGAGUCAUAGCUCGAAGCGUCGCAUGCCUGGCACGGGUUCAGGCAGACCAAUAUGACUUUAGCAAAAGUCA